AUGUCCACGUCCCUGCUGGAGCUUGAUGAUGUUAUCCGACGCUAUGCCUGGAGCCUCCUCAAAAAAAAAUCAAACUUUAUUCGACGGGCUUUUCUCAGCGAAGAAGACUACUUCUGUGAGAUCGACUGGUCAGCACUAAGCAUUGAACACAAGCUGGUCAAAUUUGCACCAAAGGAAAAAGACGGCACUCUGAUUGAAACCAACUGGGGAAAGGUGACAGUAGGUUCCAGAUGGGUGUCGCUGUGGUCGUGCGACUUUGACAACAAGGCCAACAGCAAGCAGAGCCACACUUUCAGAGGCUCCCGAGACACCACCACUUGGGUGGACGUUGACUUGACUCAGUGCUACACCAUUAAUAAAGAGGUUUCUGUUGAGGUCAAUAUUCCGCCAAACUUCAGCAAAUUUAGGGCUGGCAGAGACAACUGCUUGAGCCUAAACAAAGUCAAAGGUCAAGUUUUCAAAGAAAAGUUGACUUGGGAGGUGAAUUCUCAGGUUGAAGUGUUGCCAUCAUGGAGAGCCCGUGCACAACUCUUGGCCAAGGAGGAAUGCUACUCUAUGGAGUUUGAGAUUCGGACAACACUCUUUAACCCUAAAGGCAUUGUCCCAGUAACUUUCAAGAGAAAGUCUGACCAGCGUACAGGCUACAUCGUGGAAGUGGACAACCUGCAAGAAGCCUUCAACUUGGAAGAGGAAGGAGGAGUUCUCAAGCCAGAGGAAAAGCUGUGUGUCGAAGUGUUAAUGGAAACCAUUGUAAACAAAGAUGGCGAGGAGAGCUCAGCAGCACAUCCUCAGAUCAUCACCAAGGGAUCUUGCAUCUGCCUCAGCUGGUCAGACCAGAAGGUGGACAUGAAGACGACCCCACUGUCAGUUGACGAGACCAGCUAUGACGCCGAUGAUAACACUAGCAGUAAAAUAGCCAACAACAUUAGCGAGAAACAGUUUACAAUCAAGUCGUACUGA